AUGAAGAAAGAUCCUAGUCCUGAUUGGUGGCAAAUGAAGAAGGGAAAUCCUAUAAUUAAUCGAAUCAACCAUUCAAUACUCAACACAACCGAUCAAUGUAGAUUUUGCAGGAUUUUCUUAUUCUUCAUAAUUCCAUCAAGCUUUCAAUUUCUAUUGAAGGAUGGAAAUAUGAAUCACUUCUCAAAUAUGAAGAGGAAAAGCAAAUAUCAGAUUACCGAAAAGAGCACUAUUGGUAGCAAUCAAGUCGAUAGCUCAAUCAAAUAUUUUAAGGUUGUCAAGAAUGGAAUAUCAUUUUAUGGUAGAUUCUAUGAUGUUUCCGUUUCCGAUGGCCAUCCAACAUAUUCAUUCGUUGAAUCAAUUAUCGGGAACCAGAGUAAUACUAACAAUAUUUCGAUUGGAAUCAAUCUAAGCCAAUGCCAGAAAUGUUUGAUAGACCCUGACUUUUCCAACACAUCCUCCACAACCAGUCCAUCGAUCUUGGCAACAGAUCCAACCACAAACCACUGUAAUGAUGAUCCACGUUUAACUCUUUGCAAUCGCACAGAUAAUAUAAAUAUGUCGCAACAACAACAGAAACUUACAAAUGAGCAAAUUGUUGCUAACUAUAAAGAGAUGAAAGCACAACAGAGUGCUAUUAUGAAUAAAUUAUCAGAGAUCGAAUCAGAUGCAAGUGAACACAAUUUGGUAUUAAGUGAAAUCGAAAAAUUAGAACCAUCAAGAAAAUGUUUUAGAAUGGUUGGUGGUGUUUUAGUCGAGAGAACCGUCGGUGAUGUCUUACCAGUCGUUAAACAGAAUAGAGAUGCUAUUAAAGAACUUACUAAAAAAUUAGAAGAACAAUUACAAGCAAAAACAAAAGAGUUGAAUGAAUAUGCUGCUAAAUAUAAUAUCAGAUUCCAACCAUCACAAUCAUAG